UAUGUAGUUUAAGUUUGUAUUUGUAAUUAAUUUAUAUCAAAACCUCAAUGUGGCUUUCGUAGUUCGUAUAUAUUGCAAUGAUAUUUUAACUUCAUUUAAAAUUUCCAUACAUUGUGUAGUAAUAUAUUAAAAUGUCUCGUCGACAUACAACACCGACUAAAUCGAGAGUAAAAAUUUGCAAUAAAUCUGUUUUUCACCUUCAAGAUAAAAAGGCAGAUGAAAGUGAGCUAUCUAUUGGUUUGAUUAAAUCGGCUAAACGUACAGGACAGUUGAGUUUAUGUAAUAGAGGACUUGGGACAGUACCAGAUAAUGUCUGGAAAAUUAAUGAAUUGGUAUUGGAUGACACCAAAGAGGUAGACUUCACACGAAGCGAUCUAAACAAUUGGUGGAAUGCAGAGCCCCUAAAGAUGCUUGAUCUCAGCUCUAAUGUUAUUAAAAAACUAUCUCCAGACAUAAAAUUGUUGCAGGAACUUGUUACAUUGAAGCUUCAUGACAAUGCAUUGACUGAGCUUCCGGCUGAAUUUGGUGAACUUAGCAACUUAUCAAACUUGAGCUUAGAUCAUAAUAAACUAGAAGUGUUGCCAAUAGAGUUCUAUAAACUAUGUGAGCUGAGAUGGCUAAGCAUUUCCCAUAAUAUGCUCCAGAAAAUUGAGCCAGACUUUGGAGAUUUAGUAAUGUUAACAUUUUUGGACUUAUCACAUAACAAAUUGACAGUAUUACCGCCUGGAAUGGGAUAUUUAGUGCGCUUGAUGGAACUCAACUUAUGUCAUAACCAACUGUUAGAGCUACCUCCUGAUAUAGUUAAUCUCAGAGAUUUGAAAAAGCUGAAUGUUAACAAUAAUAGUUUGAAGAAAUUACCUCCACUGGGUGAAUUGAGGAAAAUGGAAAUAUUUGAUGCUAACCAUAAUGACCUUGAAGAGCUUCCAGAUUUUUAUGGAUGUACAGCUUUAAAAGAAAUAUAUUUAGCUAAUAAUUUUAUAAAGGAAAUUACUGAAGAAUUCUGUGAUCAAAUGCAACAUUUAAAUGUGUUAAAUGUAAGAGACAAUAAAUUGGAAGUAUUACCUGAAAAUAUAUCACUUCUGAAAAAGCUUAAAAGAUUUGAUCUUUCAAAUAAUAACUUAAACAAGUUACCGAGAAACCUAGGUCUGCUCUCCCAGCUUCAGAGCAUAAGUAUGGAGGGUAACAAGCUGUCGUGCGUGCGACAGGAUAUUAUCAAGGGGGGCACUGAUAGGAUGAUGAAAUAUCUACGGGACCGAAUGACUGACGAAGUUGUAAAGGAAACCAGGGUCAAUGAAGCUAACUGGCCCGACAAAUACACUAUGAAAAAAAGUCAAGCAUUAAUGUUGCCUUCAAAAGAGCUGACAGCAAUACCAGAAGACGUUUUUAUCGCAGCAGCCGAUGCUGAAAUUCACAUAGUUGAUAUAUCCAGGAACAGAUUCACAACCGUGCCCUUUGGGGUUCACCAUGUACGAGAAACACUGACGCAGUUGAUAUUAUCUUCAAACAGCAUCGAGAGCGUUCCAACCGAAAUAAGCGCUUGUAAACAUUUGCAAUACCUGGAUUUGGGUAAAAACUGUCUAAUCGACUUACCCAUCGAAAUAGGGCACUUGAAGAAUUUAAGGGAACUAGUCAUAUCUAACAAUAAGUUCACGAAGAUCCCGAGAUGCGUGUACGACCUGGACAACCUGGAGAUCCUCCUGGCGGCCGACAACCGCAUCGAGGAGAUCAACGUGUCGUCGGACGCGCUGGCGCGCCUGCCGCGCCUCGCCGCGCUCGACCUGCGCAACAACGACAUCCGCGCCGUGCCGCCCGAGCUCGGCACCUUCACGCACCUGCGAUCGUUGGAGCUGAUGGGCAAUUGUUUCCGUCAGCCUCGACACGCAAUACUCGCUAAAGGUACAGCCUCCAUUCUCUCGUAUCUCAGGGACCGAAUACCUACUUAGUGACUACGUUGUAACAAAAGGCUGACCGAUUUGUUUGUUACUAGCGCCACGGAAUAUAAUGUCAGUGUGUAAGACGACACUUCUUCUAAACGAAUAUAUAAAUGCGAAAAUAGCUUUUUUCUGUCUGUUACGUCACACGACUAAACAAAUCUGAUUGGAUUGAAUCCAUACCUGAUUAAGUUCAUGUGUCUUAAAGUUAGGGGUAAAUCCCCGAAAAAAAAUAUCACAGAGAGAUUCGCCACGAAUACCUAAAUUGGGUUUCUGUCACACUGUUAAUGUUUUGUCAUUUGCUGUGAGCUCUUGCACUGCUAACUGUGUAUAUUAAUAUAAUAUGAUCAAACAAUAUACAAGAUUGGGACAUUAAAAAAAAAAUCCGUAUUGUAAAUCUGUCUGUACAAAUAAAUACGGUGCUGGGAAAAAUCGAAUAUUUAUAACCAUUACCAUAAACAAAUAGUUAUAUUAAAGAUAUUCGAUAAUAUUGUUAUCUAUACAAUGAGUUAAUAAUAAAUCAUCCGUCCAUUUUUAAUUUACACUUAACUUUUUUUUUAAUUUGCGUGUCUUUCAAUUGUAGACAAAAGAAGUUACAUCAUCUAGCUCAACGGCUUAAGAAUGUAAAAGAACGAUGGAUUCGGUUUUUUAUUCUUCAACUCAUUCUUCGCAGAUAUUUUUUUUGAAGAAGUUAAAAAAAUAAUAUUAGUUUUGAUAUUCAUUUGAAAACAGGUGUGGCCAGCCACAUCAUGUUUAUUUUUUUGGUAAAAAAUAUCAAACCUCAUUUUACAGCAUAUUCUCUGCUGAAGAUUAAAAAAAAGAACGAAAGUUGUCAUGUAUAAAUAAAUAUUAGCUCUAAAAACAAGUAACGUGGACCUUAUCUACGGCGGUUCUAAUCACAAUCGUAAAUUUAAUAUUAUAGUAGAAUAAUGAUAUAGUCUUCCAUUUAUCGAAUCAAAUCAGCUCCUUUUAAGUUUCAGGAAGUUAAAUACAUUUUUAUCAAUACGAUAUUAUAUUGACUUAAUUUGUUGUUAAAAUCUAGGGAGACAUUGAUACUAUGCGUAGGCAAAACGAAUCGUAUAUUGUGUUUUAACUUUUAAAUGAAAAUUAGCGAUACCUGUUUUUUAUAUUCUAAUUUAUAAAUGUUAAGUGAGCUAUUUGUUUUUUUUAUUAUAAACUGAUCAUUCUGAUAUUUAGCCUACGCGUUGAUGGGGAUACAUAAACAGACAGAGUUCCUAAGGACCCCCUUACGCGCGAGUAUAACCGCGGGCAGUUUGCCUCUAAUAAUAUUCCAAUUUCAAAUUCAUGCUACUAUUACUUACAGAUCGUUUUUUAUUGAGACGUUUAUGGAUUACGCCUCGUAAAUAAUUCUACGAUCCGGAAUCGCAACACUGGCAUUAUGUAUCGCGACGUAAAAUUCAAAAACGAUAAAAUGGAAAUUUUAAUUCAGCCUUUUGAUCAUAAGUGCAUAUCUAUGAGAAUUUUAUUAUUAUUCUAUGUAAUCAAUCGCAAUCAAAGUAUUUUUGCUUUAAAUUUUUUUUUGAAGAUCAUCUUAAACAUUAAAGUUAAAAAAGAACUUUGAAACAGAAAUCUUCAAGCAAAUUCGUAAUCUAUGGUUGUAAACUUGAGAAAAAAUCUUUACCAAUUUCAAAUAAAUAAAUAUUAUUUCACGUAUUUAUAAGACUUACGUGAAAUAAUAUAUCAAAAAUACAAAGUGUAAUGAGAUAAAAAAACCCGAAUUAACUUAUGUUUAUAAUAAUAUUACGAGUUUAAAGUUUGUAUAUGGUAUUAGUGGCGUCAUGUAAAGCUCAAUGAGGGCUAUCGUUUGGUCUCACCAGUUGGCGUUAAAACUAUUCUAUACGUUUCGGAAACUAUAUAUCAAAAUAUAUAGUUUCCGAAACGACGAAAAGACGAAACAAGUAAUAAAUAACAAUUACAAGUAAGGAGUAAAAAUAUAUCUCUGAACGUUGAAACAAUAAACAUUUGACAUUUCUAAAGACCUUACUACACUAGCGCUUCUCGCGGCGAAUUCAAGCGCGAUAGCCCUCAUUGUAUCGUGUCUAAUUAUUUUGUAGACAGCGAAGAUGACUAUUGCCUACAUUAUAUUGUAUCUGAUUGUGUGUGAUAAUAAUAUAAUAGUCAGCUAUUAAAGUCUUACGUGUGAUUCAUAUUUCAAAUUUCAAAAAAUUGUCAUUUACAAUAUUUCAUGUCGUCAAAUGUCAUUAUUGUGAUCAAAAUUUGUAUUUGAUGAUGAAUUAUAAUCGAGGUGGCUCAAUUAUACAGAUAGUUUUAUCAAAUAGGUAACCAAAAGUAUUUUCUAAAAAUCUAAAUUAAAUGUAUUCUUAGUUUAAAGCCCGGUUACUGUAUUCGAAGAAUACAAUAAUUCAUUUUGCUUAAUCAUAGUUGAAUUGUCUAAUUAAUCUGUAGCCGGCUGACACAACUGAAAGCCAAUAAAAAAAUAAUUGUCCAAGUGACGUUUAUAGUUAUUUUAUGGAAACAUUUAUUUUAACUGUCAUUUAGUAAACACUUUAAAAUUUGACCGAUUAAUCUCUCUGAUAUUAGCAGAAUGAUUUGAUCUAUUCUUCUAUCCAUGAGUAGCAAGCCGAUAGUAGCUUCCAAAUUCCGCCCCGUAGAUAUUUCUACUACCCGUAAGCAAAAUAAAUCGUAUUUCGAAUAUAGUAACCGGCAAAUAAACUAAAAUACUUAGUGUUAUCGAUGUUGCCAUACUGCGAUCAACAUCAGCCAGCUGAGCCAAAGCUAGAUUAGCCAAAUCUUUUGAUUAUUUUUUUUUGUACCUGAUUACCACCGCUGAUAUUUUGUUGCUGUUAAUUGAAAUGUUAUUAUUUUUGUUAUUUAUUAUUUAAUAAGAUUUAUUAUUGCACGGAAAUGUUGUUACUAACAAAAAAAAUAUCUAAAAAUUUUUGUCAUUAUGAAACUUGUCGAGAAAAUUGUAAACUUAAUAUGCAAUUAUUCUAUAGAUAAUUAUGCAGCUAAAUGCCAAAUAUUGCAUAUUAUAAAAAGUGUAUUUAAUCUCUUUCUUGUGUUUAAGACCGUACCAUGACAGAUCUCUGAUUUUGAAUAAAAUCUAAAGAGUUAUAUUAGAAAUACUCGUGCGAUUUUUCCAAUCAUACUAGUACUACAAAGACAACUUGCAAAGAGAUUAAUUUAAAGUUGAUAUCGUCUGAUAUACUUACGUACAUAUUUCACACAUAAAUAUCUGUCUAAAAAAAAAACUAUUUUAUGUCGGGAUCCCAAAACCAUCGGUUUGGCAGUUUUACAAAUAAUAUUUUUGAAUAAAGAUACACUAUUACAUUUAUGUAGAAUUUGAGCAACAAUGCGGAUAAGUUAUAACUUUAAUUAUAUGAUCAAGAAAACGUUUUGUAGAUUACGUUUACGAUCAUGGUACGGUUUUUUUAUUGGAUCGAGAACGUUAUUUUUUGAAAACUUUUACUCGUAUUGUAAAUUAAAUUUCGCUAUAAUAUACAGAUAAUGACUAACUAUGUCUUGUUCUGAAUGAUUAUUUUCUAUAUGAAAUAUCUGUAGCUAAUAUUUAAGUGAAGUACAAAAGUUUAAUUUGUUUUCUUUAAUUAAUUUAAAUGUAUGUAUUUAAAUGGUGUGCAAUGCUAAAAUUUAUAACAAUACUUGCUUGUAGAAUUAAGGGUUUUCCAACUUGUUCUAGGUAUGCUUUCUUGUAUGCAGUCUAUACUCACUAUCUGAGCUAAGCCUUAACAUUAUAUAUAUUUAUUUAACAUAUAUGUUAUAGACAAAGGACACAUGUCAUGUAUGUUCCUAGGUUUGAGAAACUCUUUUCGCGAAACCUCAAAAUAGAUUCUAAUGUUGGCUUUUUUUAUCUAAACUUGGUAGUUAAAUUUAUUUUGGUAAAUAACUGUUCGAUUUGUUGUUUACGUGUUUUAACAAGUACAUAGUUCUUCAAUCACCAAUAUAUAAGGUUAUAUGCA